UCUUCCUUACCACCGCACAACACAUCCAACCAAACCUGGUUGACCUGACAUCGCCAUGUCAUCGACGAGAGCGCGGCGGAGCGGCGGCCGGCAGUUCGCGGUGGGCGGCCGGUGGCGGCACGUGGCCGUGGUGGACACGGGGUGCGGGUGCCGCCCGCGCCGGCUGAGGCUGCCGCUCAUGAGCCUGCCGUCCUUCCUCCGCCCGUCGGUGACCAGGAGCGGCAGCAGCUCCCGCUCGUCAUCCUUGUUCCCCUCCUCCGCCUCCACCGCGUCGUCUGCCUCCGCCGCCACCUACUCCUCGUACUCCUCCUCCAGUAACUAUGCCAACUACCCCGCCUCCGCCCACGUCUACAAGCACCACCAGGAGCCUGCAGUGCCCUACGAGGUCACGGCCAAGGCGUCGGCGCCGGUUGCGAGGAACAAGGCGGGCAGCAGGGCGAAGAAGAGGCGCGAGAAGAUGGCAGUGCCGGCCGAGGAAGAGGAGGAGGAGGACGUCGGGGUGGCGGUAGAGAAGGAGUCGUCGGACCCCCGGGCCGACUUCCGUGACAGCAUGGUGCAGAUGGUGGUGGAGAUGGGGCUCUGCGACUGGGACGGCCUCCGCUGCAUGCUUCGCCGCCUGCUCGCCCUCAACGCGCCGCGCCACCACGCCGCCAUCCUCGCUGCCUUCGCCGAGGUCUGCGCCCAGCUCGCCUCGGAGCCUCCCCCGCCGCCGCCUCCGGCGUAUCAAUACGACUACUACUACUGACGACUGACCAGUCACUGGCUCGGCAAGCCGGCCAGGUCGUCCGCUCGUGUUCCGUCUGUUCUGUGUGGGGGGCUGCUCUCGAGAUCCUGGCACCACCUGGUGUACGCAUCCCUAUCUGGGCGAGGUUACCGGGUGGUGAUAGGAUCUCUCGGAGGAUAAUUUAAGCUGCAGUAGAAGAAACUUAGUAGUAGUCGCAGUUUCAUGUGUGGUCAGUCAGCUGUUCGUCUAGCUCUGAUUUGCUGGGUUUCUUUGGGUGUUUUCCUUAAUUUUCGCUCAGUGUUUCAGUGUGUUGUUUCUAGAUUUCUAGUGUCAUAUAAUGUGUGUGCUUGUGUGGCCUUCGGUUUUGCAUGAAGGUCACCAAGGAAGCUAGUUCAUUAAUCAGCUCAAGUAGGCAACUAUUUGUGCCAUAAGUAGUAAUGUGUUGUGAUGUGUUUAUUAUUCAAUAUGCAUUUGGCACUUUCUA